AGACCCUGCAUUUCUCGUAAGCUUCCACGUGAACCAAGAGGUUCCCUGAUGGCAGCCGAGGUCCCCAGAGAGAGGGAAGAAGUGGUCAGGCUGGCCAUGCCAGGGGCUCCCACCAAACUCAGGCAGUUUCGUUUCUCUCCUGGCCCUCUAUGAGGGGCUGGCGGAAGCAGGAAUGUUCCAGUAACAGAGCUCACUUCACAUGCGAGGAGACAUCAGGAGUGCCUCUGCUCUGAUGAGGUCGUCGGCGAGUAGAGCAUCUUCACGAGUGGUGCGGAAGAAAGCAUACCCAGAAGCGGAUAUUGCGCUGAUUGGACUGGCUGUCAUGGGCCAGAACUUAAUUUUGAACAUGAACGACCACGGCUUUGUGGUCUGUGCUUUUAAUAGGACAGUCUCCAAAGUUGAUGAGUUCUUGGCCAAUGAGGCGAAGGGCACCAAGGUGGUUGGUGCUCACUCCUUGGAGGAGAUGGUCUCCAAGCUGAAGAAGCCUCGGCGGAUCAUUCUGCUUGUGAAGGCUGGUCAGGCCGUCGAUGAUUUCAUUAAAAAACUGGUGAGGCCAGCUCUCUCCCCGCUGCUACUCGUGUGACAGAACGUCUCUCGU